GCAGCUCAAAUGGUCCUUGGAUCGUAAGAAUUUGCUGCAGCAAGAUGAAACGAUGGAGAACUUUAUUUUGCUCGCUUCUGUGUGCCAAUAUUUUGCCAAGAAACUAAGGAUGAACACAUGAGAAUCGGAAUAAACUGUAAAAUAAACAUUGAAAGAGAAUAAUAAUAAUAACAUAACUGGAGCCUGUUUCUCUCCCUGUCUAAGCUUGUUGGUGUGCUCAUGGUAAAUACGCCCAGAAGCUCCUGAAUGACUUGUUCACCAACUACACCAGCGCUCUGCGGCCUGUAGAGGAUACAAGCACCAUCCUGAAUGUGACUCUACAGGUUACACUGUCACAAAUUAUCGACAUGGUAAAAACACAGCAGGACACGCGAGAUUAGACCAUCCACCCAGAUGCCAACACAUCUGUAAAAAUUUUUACCACACGAGUGUUUUGCUUAUGACGUGCCCCCUGUUGUUGUCAUCACUUUUCAUCACUUUCAAUAUUUUACAGGAUGAGCGAAACCAAAUUUUGACUGCGUAUUUGUGGAUACGGCAAGUGUGGGUUGAUGCAUACCUCAAAUGGAAUAAAGAUGAUUAUGAUGGACUUGAUACCAUCCGCAUACCUAGUAGUUAUGUAUGGAGACCUGAUAUAGUCCUAUAUAACAACGCAGACGAUCAUUUCACUGGCUCCAUGGACACCAACGUGGUGAUCCAACACGACGGCCAGAUAAUGUGGGACUCCCCCGCCAUCACCAAGAGCUCUUGCAAAGUGGACGUGUCUUUCUUCCCCUUCGACGCUCAGCAGUGCCGGUUCACGUAUGGCUCCUGGACAUACAACGGCAACCAGCUGGACAUCCUGAACGCCAUGGAGAACGCCGACCUGGCUGACCUGGUGGACAACGUGGAGUGGGAGGUGCUCGGUAUGCCGGCUAAGAAGAACAUCAUUGUGUACGGCUGCUGUGCGGAGCCAUACCCAGACGUGACCUACACGCUGAAGCUCAAGAGGAGAGCUUCUUUCUAUGUCUUCAACCUGCUCAUACCAUGUGUGAUGAUCUCCUUUCUGGCUCCGCUGGGCUUCUACCUGCCAGCUGACUCUGGAGAGAAGGUUUCCUUGGGCGUCACUGUGAUGCUAGCGCUCACCGUCUUUCAGCUGUUGGUUGCAGAGAUCAUGCCACCCUCGGAAAACGUACCACUUAUUGGAAAAUACUACAUUGCAACAAUGACCAUGAUCACAGCCUCCACUGCUCUCACCAUCUUCAUCAUGAACAUACACCACUGUGGCCCAGAUGCUAAGCCUGUUCCCAAAUGGGCCAAGAUAGUCAUCCUGCAGUACAUGGCCAGAAUGUGUUUUGUUUAUGAAGUGGGUGAAAACUGCAUGUCACCGCAGCCGGAGAAACAGGAGCCUCCUCAAGUAAAGAGCAACGCUAACUGCAACAUGAACGGUCAGGCUGGACCGUGCAGAGACGACUGCGCCUUCAAAAUGGAGAGGGGACAAGAGACGGCGGGCUCCGAGGACAGAGAGGACGCCGAUCAGAUGAUGAGUCCGAUAGGAUCGAUGGGGAAGAACCCCACCAGCCAGUACAGCACCUGGAAAAACGGCGUUUUCGUGAGCACGGACUGUCCAGAUUCAGACGGUUCGAGGAGAUGCAGAAAAGGAGGAGUUAGUGACAGAGAGAAGACGGACGGGGAGAUUCCCUGCUGCACCCACGGCAAUGAGAGGCAGACGGUGCGUAACAUAGAGUACAUAGCCAACUGUUACCGAGAUCAGAGGGCCACGCAGAAAAGGACUGGGGAGUGGAAGAAGGUGGCCAAGGUUUUGGACCGCUUCUUCAUGUGGCUGUUCUUCAUAAUGGUGUUUUUUAUGAGCCUCCUCAUCAUGGGCAAAGCCAUCUAACUGGAGAACUGCAGGUCUUUAUGACGGUGUACAUAAAAGUGAUCAUGGCAGGAUGCAUUACGUGUUAUACAAAGGCAAUGUCACCCCACACUGCAGUCCUGUUUAUGAGUAGAAUUAGAUCUUUAAUGAAAUGCUGUUUAUGGGUUUUCUUGUGGACAGCUUUUGCCCCAGUGUUGUGUGGAAGUUAUUAAACCAACCCAAGAAAUUGCGAGUCUGUUGGCAAAUCAGCAACAUUUUAUAAUAAAGGCAAUUUCACAAGUA